GUUUGUUUGAUCAAAGUAAAAACUUUUCAGAUAUCACGUACGUGUUAGUUCCACAUCCUUCAAGGGGAAAAAUUUGGAGAGAAUAUGUCGCCGUCAGCUACGUUUCUUUUCCUUUCAUUAACUACAGGUCUGUCAUUGGUCAGCUGCGCAACGACAUUAGGAGACUGUAACACGACGUACUUCAUCUCUAAUGGGCUGCAGUGCCAGAGGGAAAUGAUCAAGAAUCUGAUGACAAACCCGAAAACGACUUGUAGUGAGGAAUACGAGGUGGAAAAAUCCUGUCUGAGGAAACACAUUGCAACUUGCUUGAAGGAUAAAAGUAGCUCUGUUAACUUUGUGACGUCAUUACUUCUUCAUCAACUAUACCAUUGCGGUGACCUCACUUACCAACCAUCUCCCAUCAAUAGCAUUAUUCUCGGACAAAUCCAAUGCACGGAUAAAGCAUUUACGGACACCGAGUUUUGCUGGGAGCAUUUUCGAGAGAAGUUAAAUUCCAAUCGAUCCGACCCAUCUUUGUGCAGAGAAUAUGCGUUGGCGAAGGAAUGUAUAAAUGAAAAAGCCAUGGCUAAUUGCAAGAUAUGUAGCUCACUUCCAAGAGAUACAUACAAUCCAUUUUGUGCAAACAACAGUGAUCCACCAAUAGUCAGGAACGGAUGUCAGGAAUUGGCAAAGCCUCUUUCGUGUACCUCGUACUCAGUAUACAAAACAGCGUUAGACUGCGAGAGAAAUUUUUCGAAGAAUAUCAUGGAGAACGACAAAGCUGAUUGUGGGGCUGCACUCGCCACGCUGAAAACUUGUCUAGACGAUCAGUUAUCUCAGACAUGUAAAGACGACUCAAAUAAUCAGCGCGUCAUGGCUGAUAUAAAGAAGGCCGUCAUGGCGGUGCUCCGUGGUCCUAGAUUCUUUUGUGAAGCAAUGAAUCUACGCCCCAUCGAUCUUGAUUUCAAGACUCGUCCUAUGAUCCCUUGCAAAUCAAAAUUUUUUCCAGAGAUGGAGAAAUGCGCCAAGCCUGUUAGGAUGGAGUUCAAAGAACAAAACGGCACCGGUGGGGAAUUUUACAGUAAGUUCCGCACCUCGUUAAGCUGUGCCAGUGGUGUGCAAACAUCCUCUUGUAAGUUUGAUGGAAACGUAGCUGGUAUGAUUCAAGGAUUCUACUCAACUUUUCGCGUAACUACAACCGGACCUGGUGGAAAGGACCAUGGUAAUGCCGCAUCUCCUGUGCUACCAAACUUUGUCUUAAUGUUGUCUGCCUUUGUUCCUCAAGUCCUAGUUUUUAUUUCUGUAUCGUAUUGCUUUUUGUAAAGUAUUAUGCCGUCAGGGUUUCACUCCAACUCCCAUAUUUGCUACAGUCGCUUUUCUGACUGAUAUCGUUUUUAUUUGUUGUUCUCUCUUUGCGUGCGACCUGAUGGUCAAACUCGGAAAUUUUAUUGUCGAGAAACAUUUCGGUACCUUGUUUUAUGUUUCUUUCUCUAGCACUGCGUCCCCUUCAUGCCCCCCCUUCCCAUGGGAAAGUAUGUUGGAAGAGGAGGGGGGUCGAAGAGAAUCAAAUUUGCGCGCGGAAACUUCUAGAAAUGCUAAUGUUAAGUGUUCUUGACUAUGCCAAGUCACUGUAGUUGUUGCAGCUGUAGACAGUUUAUUCCUUCAAAGUUGAUUAAAAAUGAAGAAAACAGUUUAAGUUAGAUAAAAUAAAGCGAUAAAGAAAUAAUAUGUUUAUUUAAUAGAGCAAAUGAUGAAAGUAAGAAGAAAACAAACUCUUCCGAGCUUGUUGCAGAAAAUUUAUUCCUUCAAAGUUGAUUAAAAAUGAAGAAAACAGGAAGUUUAAGUUAGACAAAAUAAAGCGAUAAAGAAAGGAUAUGUUCGUUUGAUAGAGCAAAUGAUGAAAGUAAGAAGAAAACAACUUCUUCCGAGCUUGCAUUGGUUUUUUUUCCUGUUCUGUUCGGAAGCUUACUUGCUCAUGUUCUCUAACGGAAGCCUAAAGUCAUCAGAGCGGUCCUCUCUUUUUUACCGUCAAGGAAUUUAAUGCAAUUAAAGGUAAAUCCGUUUAUCAAAA